CGUGGUUCUAAAAUCAAGUUCGGAUCUAGCUACAAUCACAGCUACAUUCAAUCAAUAUGAAGAUUACGCUCUUCUUCGUUCUGCUCGCCAUCCUGGCGAUGAUGAGUUUGGCUGAAGCACAACGCUCUGGUAGCAAGGGACCAAUUAAACGGCCGCCUGUUGUUAGACCAACUCCUCCAAAACCACAACGACCCCCACCGCGCCCGGAAGGACCAGCCCGUCCGCAAGGACCACCACAACGACCCCCAGCGCGACCGCAAGGAGCACCGCAAACGCAACGACCCCCAGCGCGACCGCAAGGAGCAGCCCAACCGCAACGACCCCCAGCGCGACCGCAAGGAGGAUCCAAGCCGGUAGGAGGAGCCCGGCCACCACCACGUCCAGUACGUCCUAUCCGUGGAUAAUACGAUGGCUUGAAGCUGAAACACUUUGUUGUCAGUGAUUAUUGUAGAAAUGAGAAAUUCAAUGCAAAGAACAAUACCGAUGUUUCAAUAAAGCAAGAUCCUCAAAAAUGCA